CUGGAGGAGGCACCCUCAUAAUAUCGUCACUUAGCCGAUUGAAACAGAUGAGCGGAGAUCCCCUCAGGCUUGUUCUUAAAUCAUCUAGUGACUAAUAGUUGAAGCUGAUAUAUUUUCCAUUUGUUCUCAGAAGUUCAACUACAAAGUGAAUUAUGUUGGAUCAGAUGGUGUAUGUGGCUGCUGUAACGGUGUUAGGCGCAAUGGAGCAAGCCUACUUCUCCCUCCAAGUGAUCAAUGCCAGGCGGAAAUAUUCUGUGUCUCCUCCGUCCAUUGCAGGGCCCCCGGAGUUUGAGAGAGUCUACAGAGCACAGGUGAACUGUGCAGAAUAUUUUCCACUCUUCGUCUCCAUGCUCUGGGUGGCUAGCCUCUAUUUUAGCCAAGUUGUUGCACCUCUCUGUGGACUUCUCUACCUGUAUGGCAGAUACCAAUACUUCCAUGGCUACGCCCAGUCUUCUCAGGGGAGGCUGGCUCCAAUGUACUUCAGUGCUCGGGUUCUCUGGCUUCUGAUUGGUUUCUCCACAGUGGGGGUCCUCAGCGACCUGAGCAAAAUUUAUUUCGGAGUAGCUUUUCUUCAGGGACUGAAAGUCUUCCUCCGAUCGUAUUGGAUCCCAUUCUAGGAGGACUGGGUAGUGGGUGCUGUGUUACAGUUGACUGAAAUCACUCAGAAAUAUUAUUGCGUUUUUGUUUUCAUUUUUUUUUUAUAUAACCUCUGUGUCUGUGUGUUUUAACUAGGAGCUUGUAAGCCGCUCUUCAGCAGUUGCUCGCCUGUUUUGCCUUGCACUUCGAAUUAAUGCACAGAUAUCAUGAUCCUGGAGUAUGCGCUUCCGCCCACUGUUACCCUUUGCUGAUGUCUUUCCCUCAGAGUUCCAUUCCGACAUCACCUUAGACACCGUUGCUCGUGAAACAUCAGCAAGUUGAGCUGUCUUGGUCACUGAAGCUCCUGUCAAGCGCGCCCCAACAAUCACCCCUCUUUCAAAGUCACUGAGGUCUCCUCUUGCAGCCAUGCUAGCCAUAAUUAUAGGCAACCAGGCCUGUCCAGCAUUUUUGUACAUGACCCUAAGCAUGCUGGGAUGUUAUUUGCUUAAUUAACGCAUGAGCCACACCUGUGUGGAAGCCCUUGCUUUCAAUAUACUUGGUGUCCCUCAUUUACCCAGGUGUUUCAUUUUUUUGUCCACUGCCUGUAUAUUGCAAUAAAAACCAGUAAGUAUGACUGCAGACAUUAUAAAACCGAGCAGUAAGAAAAACUAAGAAAACUAAAUCUGAAGUUAUUUCCAAUCAUAAUCCACAAAACUCACUCAGAAGAGCAGUCUGCCUCCUUUUUAUGUACGUUUUUUAAAAAAGCUUUAUAUAUAUAUAUAUAUAUAUAUAUAUAUAUAUAUACUGUGUCUGUAUUUUAACUAGCAGUUUAUGCGCUGUUCUUCAGUUCUGUUGUAUUUUAAACACAUACACAGUAUAUCCAUUAUAUAUGGGACAGUAUUCUUUUUAAAAUUAGUUUUUAACCUUUAUUUAACCAGGAAAGUCCCAUUGAGAUUCAAAUCUCCUUUUCAACAGAGACCUGAUCAAGAAUGUGACACCAUACAAAAAAAGAAAAUUCUAAUAAUUCAAAAGAACACAACAAAUACAUAUACAUGUACAUUUUGUAUAUGAUUAUUUUAGCAUUAUUUUCAAAAUCACUCAAUUAGAUUUCUAUGGUAAAACUAUAACAGAGUUAAUCUACUUGACGUAGUUUCGCAUAGUUUUACCUCAUACUAGUAAUUUGCAUACUUUAAUUUGAAUGUUCAUGAUAGUAACUACAUUUGCAGAACAAAGAAAAUAACAACUUGGCAAGGAACUUGCUUCCCGUAAAGCCACCUUUCACCAGCAUUGUAAUUCUGUAAAACCUUAUCGUUAGUGAACAGAUUUCCUCAAAAAUGCAAUCUCAGUUUUCUUUGUUCUGUUCUCUGACUAAAUAAAUACCACAGUAUAUUUGCCAGUUUUUCUGUAAUUCCUAGUAACAGAGAUGAAAAACAAACAGAUUUUUGAGUUAUUUAAAUGCUGAGUUAUUGAAACACUGCAAUAUUAAUAGAUCUGGUUGGUCUUUGAUGUCAUAGCCGUGCGGUAAGACAAUUAUUACCGCAUGUUCAUGUGAUCUUGUUCAGCCAAUCACAGCACUUAAUUUAUCCAAGCCAUUUUAUAAUGAAGUUUAUGCACUGAGUAAACAUUUGUAUUAGCAGUAGAGCUAUUAAAAUGGUAGUCUAGACUUGGUAAGGCCUUACUGUCAGGUCAUACAAUGUAUUAACUAAUUAUAAACUCAUAGAAAAUGUGUAAUAAAAUCUAACCGGGUCUCA